ACACGAACGUGCCUCGGCUCAGUCUUCGACCGAUCAGCCAGCUGUGUGAGUGAUUGUGUUAUUGAAAAUUGCACCUUAAGUAAAGGAGUCAAAGUUCAAAAUGUCCGCGUCACCGAUCGCAAGGCAAGCGACCCAGAGCCAGGCAAUCCCUUCGAGGAGAGUCCUCAUCACGGACCCGGGACAAAUGCCCGAUGUCUACUCUAGUACUCCUGGAGGCACUAUCUACUCUACCACACCUGGAGGUACCCGCAUAGUAUACGAGAGGUCUUACUUGAUGUCGUUACGGCAGUCGCCGUUAUCAAACACUCCGCCGAAGUGUGCAUUACCUGCUGCGAUGUUAAAGAACCCAUCAGCCUCACCAGUGCAGGUGCUGCCAAUGCCAAAACCACGCUCGAAUUCCAUCUCCUUCGAUGAAUCCCAGGAGACAUUCAGUAUGGAUCUCUAAAUUAGUUUUAGUUCAUGCCAAAAGGAAAGGAAAAUAUAGACGUAAACUUAUCGCCAACAGAUCAAAUCAAAGUUACCUUUGUAAAGGUUUGCUACAUUUUAAUUUCAGCAGCACAGCAAAGCAAUGAUUAUUGCCAAAACUACAAUUGUUUUUAUUGAAGAAAUUAGACGUUUUUGUCUAAUUAAAAUAAUUAAACAAUACUAGAAGAGUGUCAGUUUAUUAGCCUUUUAGCUAUUACAUUUUACUGCCUUUGGCGUGGGGUUUUAGUUUGUAAUUCUUUCAAUUUACGGCUACUGCACUUUAUGUGUCACUUUUCUUUUAUUACUUUUAUUAGUUUUAUAAGUGUAUAUUAUAAGAAUCAUAUUGAAAAGGAGUGCUUUCUUUUAUUGGGUAGCUUCAGUGAAACGGUUACUGAUUAAGUUUAUAUUUUAGAGGAGAAUUGUAACAUUUUUUACCUAAAUUCUUUCGUGUCGUGUCGUAGUUUUGUAUCUAUAGAGAAACAAAACUAAAUUGAAAAAAUAUUUUUCUAAGUUUUACGUAACUGUGUGAAAGAGGAGAAAAUCCAUCAUGACAUUUGUAAUAUCAAGUGUAAUUUGAAUCAAAUUCAAUUCACAACAACAACAUAUGAAUGAUAAUUCUUCUCUAAAAAACUUUGUCUUUUAAAUGAAUAAAAUAAAAUAAAAUGGAAUAUGCAAUUUUUCUAGUCCUACUGAUUAACUGUGCAGGAAUUGUUGACGAUUUAGAUUUUAACCAAAAAAAUAAUGUAUGUGUUUCGUGUAAGCUUUCAAAUUUGACAAUUUACUUACUGUAGAACUUUAAAUGUUAGAUAUAAAAAAACGAAAACGCGUGACUGAAACGUUUUGCGUUAGAAACGCAAUCCUUUGCCUGACAAAAAAAAAUAUUUUUUCAAAACCUAUAAAAAUACCAAUUUAUUAAUGGAAUGGUUGUUGCAUGUAAUGGAUAUUUAUUAUUACAGCGUGGAGAAUUGAUCGUCCUUGUUGUUUUGUGUAACGAAUACAUAAAGAAUUUCUUGUUGAAAGUUUUAUGACUCAUGCUUAUUACAGACAGCUGUGAAAAUAUUCUUUGUUAAAUAUAAUUUAUAUUUUUAGUAACAUUAUAAAGACCUAUUUUAAAAUUGUCAUAUCAUUCUAUAAUUACUGUAACGUUAAAUCGAAACAGUUGACUUAACCAAAGCUUUAGACUUAGUGCAACAUUUGCUCUUGUCUGAUUUUUUAUUUAAAAAUACUUGUCAAGAGAAAAGAAAACUAAAUCAUUUAUUUUAUUUCGAGCCCAUGUAUUCAUUUGGCUACGGUAUCGAAUUAUUUUGUACCCAAUAAUAAUAUAAACUAAAAUCAUUAAGUACCCAAAAUGUAAAAAUGAUGGUCGUAAAAAAUUUAAUUGUUCUUAAUUUGAAAUGAAUAUAAAAAAGGCAAAGGAUUUAUUUUGUAAAUACAUAGAAUAGGCGUUUAACGCACAUCAUAAAUAUAGGUGACGAGUAUUUUACUGUAUUUUAUAAGCAAGUGCCAUUAUAGCAUAGAAGGUAAUUUUAAGAUGAUUUACUUCUACUAAUGGCGUUGCAAAAUGCGCAAUCUCAAGUGUGUGAGAAUAGUUUUUAAGUCUUCUUUUAUUCGUAGGUCACAUUUUUUAUAUUAUAUUAAAAAUAUGACUGUUGUUACAAAAACUGAUCUAGAUACUAUAAAUUUAUAACAUUAAAUCACUGCCUUACUCGUUUUAUGAUACAAAUGUUCAAUUUCUGUGAAAAAAUAAAUUGCUAGUUUUUGCACUCGGUGAUCUAAGCUAAGCAUUUGAUUGUGUUAAUACAUUUUGUGAACUUCUUUUGA